AUGAUCUGUAAGAACUCAGAAAGUCCUAAGCAUAGCGGGAUGGACGUGCAUGAACAGGAUAUGGAUGGACAGAACCCGAGAGAUCCUGAUGAUGUGCAUGUUGGGACGGAUACCGACAGAAGUGAGCAGAUGACCAUGGAAAUGAUACCUGACCAGUGGAAGGACACCAACCCUUUGAUUGAUUAUGAUGAGUAUGGCUAUGACUUGGCAGUGUUCUUUUCAUUCACACAGCACAUACAAUACACCAAGACUGGUAAAUUGGCAUUUAUAUCUGAGUAUCAAGAUAGAUCGGUCGGUGAUGGCUGCUAUGAUAUUUUGGGGGAUGGAAACAUCGAGACAACUAAUUCUCAAUGGUCCAUUGGGUCCCCUGUCCAUCCGCCUGUCUGCCUCAUUGUAGCAACAAUACUACGAGCCGCACUAGGAGGCAAGUGUUGGAGAUGUUGGAGAGAGCAAAUGAGAGAAAGAGGAAAAAUGGGAAAAUGGGGAGACAAGGAAAUAGUGAAUCCCGGAAUGGCACCUAGUGGAACUGUGACAGCCUCAUACAGAGGAAGAGCCAUGUCAUAUCCUCCAUAA